UCUGGAAGCGACGUGGCAGCGCGCAUGCGCAAACUCUAACCGGCUCUUACAGACAGAGAGGAAACAGUGAAGAAACGCGACAUUUGUAAAAGGAUUUAAAGCUAAAAGUGUAGAAACAUCUCGUUAUUAUGGGUCUGACCAUCUCGUCCAUAUUCGGGAGACUCUUUGGGAAGAAACAGAUGAGAAUAUUAAUGGUGGGUUUGGAUGCAGCAGGAAAAACAACAAUACUUUACAAACUGAAGCUUGGAGAAAUCGUCACAACCAUUCCUACUAUUGGUUUUAAUGUGGAGACUGUGGAGUACAGGAACAUCUGCUUCACUGUGUGGGAUGUUGGUGGUCAGGAUAAAAUCCGUCCUCUGUGGAGACAUUACUUCCAGAACACUCAGGGUCUGAUCUUCGUGGUGGACAGUAAUGACAGAGAGAGAGUGGCUGAGUCUGCUGAUGAACUCUCCAAAAUGCUGCAAGAAGAUGAGCUGAGAGACGCUGUGCUGCUGGUGUUUGCUAACAAACAGGAUCUGCCCAACGCCAUGCCGGUCAGCGAGCUCACAGAUAAACUGGGCCUGCAGAGUUUGCGCAGCCGAACGUGGUACGUUCAGGCCACAUGCGCUACACAAGGAACUGGACUCUAUGAAGGACUGGACUGGUUAUCCAACGAGCUGUCUAAACGCUAGUGCUGUCCAUCACCCCUCAUACAGCGAGAGAGAGAGAGAGCGCACGCAUGUGCUGGAGUUUUCAGAACAUGAAUCUAUAGACUCUUAUUGUGUGUGUGUGUGUGUGUGUGUGUGUGUGUGUGUGUGUGUGUGUGUGUGUGUGUGUGUGAGAUGCAGUUUUGCGGAGCCAUGUCUUUUCUACACACCAGGCCUUUUCUUUUUGCUUCAUCUGCAUCACUCUGUUUUACAUGAUGAUACUUCAGAUUACUUACAACAUUCAACUUAACUGCUGCUUGAUCUCAAUACAGAGAGACGUCUUUUUUCUUCCCCAAAUAAAACAGCAGAUGAACCAAUUGACCUGUGAAUCCGGAAUGAUUGACAGGUGCCCAGGUGUUCUGAACUCUCCUGUAUUACCUGAGCCCUGAAGCCCCUCCCACUUCCUCCAUCUCACAUUAGUAAUCUCUCCUCUCUGAUGGAAACAUGCAGCGUUCUCACUCGCUCUUAUGGGAAACAGAAUUUUUUUUAGUUCUUUCAAGCGAAAUAAAAUAAGUGUGUUUUUGACAGCUAACUUUACACUCUGAUUAUUUCGAAAAUCUAAAUUCUUAUUCUAAAAGAAACAAAGCUGGUCUCUACAGUGUAACUAAAACGAUUGAGCAACUGAACUUAUUUCCCCAAAAAUCUGGUGUUUACUGUGAAACCGCCGCGUACACAUGUGCACACACACACACACACACACACACACACACACACACCCCUUGAUGAUGUUGAAAAUGAGCGUGUGUUCUUCCUUUUUGGGUUAAUCAGGUCUAAUCUUUGGAAAAGAAAUGUUUUGAAUUGUGGAAGUGUGAAUGUUUUUUUUUUGUUUUGUGUUUUUCUUCAAUGAUCUAAUCUGUUAAAUGUCAAGUAAGUUUCUGCAUUUCAAAAUCAUCCACACAAUAUGAAUAUUUCCUCUGUUCAUUCAUAUGAUACACAAUCCGGGAUUUCCUUUGUGCAUGCGUUAGAGUUAAAUUGACUUCCUGUCUGUGAGAAACCCUUUGUCUUCUCUGAACUUGAGCUUAUUGCAGGAUAAACAGCUGGAUCUCUGAGCACUUUUUACACGUGUGUGUAUUAUACAGUGUGCUCAUGUGUUAUAGGUGCUCACAUUCAACCUGUCCAGGUAUGUAGCUGUAAUUUUGACACAGUGCAGGAAAACACCUUGUCCUUCUGAGAUGUGAGUCAGAAAUGACCUGAAGGACAGGACGUAGUGUGGUGUUUCCUCUUUGUGUUUUAGUUUUAAUGUUUAGCUGAAGAUGUUUGUUUCAUGUCUGCUGUAGGAACUUCCACUGCAACUUAAAUAAAUUGUUUUCCUGAAA